UAUCAAAACCCGCAAUUGGGGUUUUUCCGCCUUCCAAAACACACACAGAGACAGUAGUGAAGCGAACAAGAAGAAAGAGAAUGGUGAGAUUAACGGCGGACUUGAUUUGGAAAAGCCCUCACUUCUUCAACGCCAUCAAAGAACGCGAACUUGAUCUCCGAGGGAAUAAGAUUCCUGUCAUUGAAAACUUGGGUGCGACCGAGGAUCAAUUUGACACCAUUGAUCUGUCUGACAAUGAGAUAGUUAAGCUUGAAAACUUUCCAUAUCUUACUCGUCUGGGUACUCUGAUAGUUAACAACAAUAGAAUUACUCGUAUCAAUCCGAACAUUGGAGAGUUUUUACCGAAAUUGCAUACCUUGGUUCUUACCAACAAUCGACUAACUAACUUGGUUGAGAUUGAUCCACUUGCAUCUCUUACAAAGCUGCAGUACCUUAGCCUUCUUGAUAAUAAUAUUACAAAGAGGCCGAAUUACCGCUUAUAUGUAAUCCACAAACUCAAAUCGCUGCGCUUGCUGGACUUCAAGAAAGUAAAACAAAAGGAGCGAAUUGAGGCACAAAGGCUAUUUUCAUCACAAGAAGCUGAGGAACAAGCUAAAAAGGAAUCUGCAAAGAUAGUUAUUCCUGUUGAAGUUGCUAGUACCCCAGAGGUAUCAAGGGAAGAACAAACACCUAAAACAGUUGCUCCCACACCAGAGCAAAUUAUAGCUAUCAAGGCUGCUAUUGUCAACUCCCAGACACUUGAAGAGGUAGCAAGGCUUGAGAAGGCAUUACAGUCGGGCCAGCUUCCUGCAGAUCUCAUAAUUGGUGAUACUGAUGCCAUGACUACCAAUGAAACAGCCAAAGAGGAUAAAAUGGUCACUGAUGGUGAAAAUGAAUCUAGUGAUGAUUCAAGUGAUUCUGAGCCUGAAGAGAAAAACAAUGAGGCUGCUGACAUGGAACAGGAACAGGUAUUAAUAAUAUUUACAAGAUAUAUCUAUCUUCCCAAUUAUGUUUUGUUGGUGUCUGGUAUUAGUAUUGUAGACAGAAUAGGAAGCUCUAUACUGAAUUGAUUCAUUUAGAUAAUUACGUUUAGUGAAGUAUUUGGUUGGGCCUAGUGAAGAAUUACGUCUGUUCAUGUAAUUAGGAUGGUCAAAAAGAUUUCUAAACUGCUAGCAAAAGUUAAGUUGGGGUCCUGCUAUUUUGCCCUACGGAAAUGUUGAAUGCAGCCUCACGUUGGGUUUUAACUCGAUUUUGGUCAUUGCCACCUUAUGUGAUUUAUGGGUAGGAGUGUCAGUAGUGUUACUGUUCUUGAAAAUAUAUUCUUAUUUGCCAUUAAUAAUAACAUUCCCCUCCCAACUUUCAGGAAUAGAUGGAUGCUUUAUAUUCCUCAGCAACUUCUUUGCUGUUGCUGUAGCAGAAGGCGGUACUGAUGGGUGCCGGUGGAUUACUUUUCUUGUACUGUUCCAAUGAGCUUAGAGAUACUCUUUUUCUCAAUUGUAUUUGAUUAGGCAUUUUAUGUAUCAAAACCAUCGUGGCUGCUGUACGAGUACAAUCUCAAUGUUUGUCAUACUUAAACAAAUGGAGGGGAUAGGGAGUUUGAAUUUAUUCACCGACUAUUCCAUUCA